GUUCUGCCGUCGGAUAACCCACGUUCAGAUCCGGCGCACCGGAUCAGAACCUCACACUCAAGCCAACUUCACCUCCAACAACCGAGCUUCUCACACCCAACCUCUUGACUCGAUGAACAACAUUCACAACAGCCCCCACAACCAGCAGCUGCUUCCUUCUGACCAAUCUAGCAGCACCGGAGAAACCAGGCCAUAUUUCAACCAACGAGCUCCCCCAGAUGUUGGCAACCAAGCCCCAAUUUCGCAGGAUGAUGGCAUCGGAAUGCUCGUCGAUUCGGUCUUCAAUGGACUAUUGGAAGAGAUGAUUUGGAAGAUAUGCGUGUUGGAAUUCAAACGAGCCAAAAAGUUCCAUCUCUUUUCUGCGGAACAAGAACUUUACGCAAACGAGAAGAAAAAUGGUAAUGAGAAAAGCAAUCCUGACCCGGUCCAUGAUUGUCCGGUCUGUGGUCGCGAGGUAUCAGCAGCCCGUUUUGCGCCACACCUUUCGAAAUGUUUGGGGAUAGGUGGACGUGGUCAAGCAGCCAAGAAAGGUAUACGAUCUGAUUUCAGUGAGUCCGAGUCAGUCGCCAAGGGGAGCAGCCAUACUUCAUUAGACUUUGCUGCAGUCUCCCGAAACAGAACAGGUGGAAACAUGAAGCGACGUGGCCGGCCACCAAAGAAACUACCGGCGGUACCCUUGAGUCCAGCCGAACAUGAAGUUUUACUUUCCAAUGCGAUUAACAAUGCCACUCAGCGCCUUCAUCUUCAAGGGAUAGGUAUGGCCGGCACAUCGUCCCACAAACCCGCCCCGUCUGUCCCGCAUCCACUCUCACAGAGCCACGUGGCUACCCCGCCGGUGACGAAAGUCAAGAGGAAAAAGAAGAAAGACCGAAACCGAUCAAGAAACUCAUCACAAGCAUCCUCAUCUUCAGACAGUGAAGAAGAGGAUGGCGCAGAUGGCGAGGAAGAUGGCGAUGAACAGGAAGGGGACGAUGGGGAAGAUGAUCAUCAACCUUUCACACCUGGUGGACGGAUUGAUGAUGAGAACGACACCGGCGGACAACAAAGAGGGAUCAGUGAAAAUCCAAGCAUCUCAUCUACCUCAGUCGCACCUGUUGCACCAGCUACUACUGCAGUUUUGCCACGCCCUGUACUCAAAAGAAGAUCCAGCUCACAGGCUGACUCAACUGAUGGAAGCGACAGUGAUUGAAUUGUUUGCCUGCACUUGUCAUCUUAAAGUACAGAUUGUAACUGGAUUCUCUUAACUGAUUGGCAUGAAAGUGAUUGGCCAUCAGGUAAAAUUGAAAAGAAAAUGAUGUUGGAAGUUUUGAGCUAUCAUAGUCAAGAUUGGCACCAAUGAAUGUAGACAUGGCUUCAAUAGGAUGGUUCACGUCUGCGAGAAAAAAAUAGCAUUAUAAUGAAUGAGUGGUGGGGAAAGGAAGGUUGCCACCACCAAAACCGUGUUUCUGCCUCACACCGGGAAAGCGUUCUAAGUUUCAAGUCCCUCCCUGCAGCAGGGGGCGCU